GCCCCCCCGGCCGCCGCUGCCUCCUGCCCCUCGGUGCCGCUGCUGCUCCUCCGCCUGCUGUUGCUCCUCCAUCUCCAGAUCGGAUCACGGUGAGGGAAAGAUGAGCGAGGAGACGGCGACUUCUGACAACGAUAAUAGUUAUGCACGAGUGCGAGCUGUGGUGAUGACCCGGGAUGACUCAAGUGGUGGAUGGUUACCACUUGGAGGGAGUGGACUAAGCUGCGUCACUGUCUUCAAAGUCCCUCACCAGGAAGAGAAUGGCUGUGCUGACUUUUUUAUCCGUGGAGAGCGACUCAGGGACAAAAUGGUGGUUUUGGAAUGUAUGCUUAAAAAAGACCUCAUUUACAAUAAGGUCACUCCAACAUUUCACCACUGGAAGAUUGAUGACAAGAAAUUUGGCCUUACCUUUCAAAGUCCUGCUGAUGCUAGGGCUUUUGAUAGAGGCAUUCGAAGAGCUAUAGAGGAUAUUUCUCAAGGAUGCCCAGCAUUUAAAAAUGAAACUGAAGGAGCAGAAGACAACUUACAAGCAGCUGAAGAGGAUACUUCCAGUUCUCUAGUGAAAGAUCAUCCUUUCCAGCAAGAGACAGUUAUAACCAGUGAGCCUUACAGAAGCUCAAGACCUUCUCCUUUUGAAGAUCUGAAUGCCAGAAGAGUCUACCUGCAAAGCCAAGCCAAUCAGAUAAUGUUCAGUCAUCCAGGCCUAGACAUUCAGGGCAGAAGUAUAGAAUAUGUACAGCGGCAAAUACCCAAGGAAUGUGGAAGCCUAAAGUCCCAAAAUAAGGUCCCUUUGAAAUCAAUCCGACAUGUCAGCUUUCAAGAUGAGGAUGAGAUUGUCAGAAUAAACCCUCGCGAUAUCUUAAUACGUCGCUAUGCAGACUACAGACAUCCUGACGUGUGGAAAAGUGACUUGGAGAGAGAUGAUACUGACUCCAGUAUUCAGUUUUCUAAACCAGACAGUAAAAAAUCAGACUAUCUAUACUCUUGUGGGGAUGAGACUAAGUUAAGUUCACUCAAAGACUCUGUGGUAUUUAAGACACAGCCUUCCUCAUUAAAAUUUAAGAAGUCAAAACGAAGAAAAGAAGACGGUGAACGUUCUCGCUGCGUAUACUGCCAAGAAAGGUUUAAUCAUGAAGAAAAUGGCAGGGGGAAAUGUCAGGAUGCUCCAGACCCUAUUAAAAGAUGCAUAUAUCAAGUUAGUUGCAUGCUCUGUGCAGAGAGCAUGUUGUAUCAUUGUAUGUCAGACUCAGAGGGAGAUUUUUCUGAUCCCUGUUCAUGUGACACUAGCGAUGACAAGUUCUGCUUACGAUGGUUAGCCCUAGUAGCUUUGUCUUUCAUUGUACCAUGUAUGUGCUGCUACGUCCCUUUGAGAAUGUGCCAUCGUUGUGGUGAGGCGUGUGGGUGCUGUGGUGGGAAACAUAAAGCUGCUGGAUGAAAGCAUCCAGUGCCAAAAUGAGCUUAAAAUCUUUGCGUCCAGGAAUUAGCUAACUUGGAUUUGUGGAAGCUUUUGGCAAGCAUUAUGAAAUCUUGCCUGGUAUCAUUGGGGCCACACGUGGAGGAAGCAGAACUCAUCAGUUCUUGGCAUUUCACAAAUGCUAGCCAUGCCUAACUUUUUCCCUGGAGUGCAUGGCAUGUUUUGUUGCAGGUUCUAAAGAAUAUUUGCAAAAGGAAACCAUUUCUGGUUAUUGGCUAUAUAAAGUGAGCAUAAAUAUGAUCCAACUAAAAGGGAUUAAUUUUUUGGCAUUUUUAUAUAUUUAUGCAUUAGGUGAUGGGACUUUUAAAGGUUUGAAUUCAUUAAGAUAUAAACUUAAAGUGCACUAGGGGACAGUUGAUUUCAAUCUAAAAAAAGUUAACACUUGGGAACUGUAAGAAGUAAAACAAGUGCAACUAAAUCAUUUAUUAGUUGUUUUUUGAAAGCAGUUUUAUGUAUAAAUAACAAAUGUUUAUAUUUAACUAAAUAUAAGGUACGAAUUAUUACAUAUUAAACUUUUCCUCCCCUUCCUAGUUCUGAAGUAGAUGUACAUAUAUCUACUGUCACAUUCCAUUAUAUUUUGAAUAUUUUACUUAUCUAGUUAAUAACAUUUUUGUUCCAUGUGAA